GGCGCCGGAGUGACGUAGUGACGCUGUCAUCGUGUGCGCGCCUGGCGGGAAACUGGCGCUGCUUGUGUUUCAGUUCGGAGAGUAAACACUUUAUAAACCUUUAUAAGCAGGGUAGGAAACAUGCAGGCUUUUCUGAAAGGAUCUACACAGAGUGUUAAACCACAGAGGGAUAAGGCCACAGCUGGGAGCAGUGGAGAGAAGAGACAGAAACCGGUGCCAUGGGUGGAAAAAUACAGGCCUAAGUGUGUGGAUGAAGUUGCUUUUCAAGAGGAGGUUGUUGCGGUAUUGAAGAAAUCACUAGAGGGCGCUGACCUCCCGAAUCUACUGUUCUAUGGACCACCUGGAACUGGAAAGACAUCCACUAUUCUUGCUGCAGCAAGAGAAUUAUAUGGCCCAGAGCUGUACCGCCAGAGAGUGCUGGAGCUGAACGCCUCUGAUGAGAGAGGGAUUCAGGUGGUCCGGGAAAAAGUAAAGAACUUUGCUCAGCUGACAGUGGCUGGUACACGACCAGAUGGGAAGCAUUGUCCUCCAUUCAAAAUCAUAAUACUGGACGAGGCAGACUCCAUGACCAAUGCUGCCCAGGCUGCUCUCAGGCGCACCAUGGAGAAAGAGUCGCGCACCACACGCUUCUGCCUCAUCUGCAACUACGUCAGCAGGAUCAUUGAGCCUUUGACAUCUAGAUGCUCCAAGUUUCGCUUCAAACCCCUCGCCAAUGACAUUCAGCGAGAACGGCUUGUAGAAAUCUGUGAGAAGGAGAACCUCAAGUACACCAAAGAGGGAAUUGAAGCGCUGGUGAAAGUUUCUGAGGGUGAUCUGCGGAAAGCUAUAACGCUUCUCCAGAGCACAGCCAGACUGAGUGCAGAGAAAGAGAUCACGGAGAGUAUAGUCAUAGAGAUUGCAGGGGUGAUUCCACCUAAAGUGAUUGAAAAUUUGCUCCAAAUCUGUUACAAAGGCACUUUUGAAAAACUGGAGGCUGCUGUGAAGAAUAUGAUUGAUGAAGGCUACGCUGGCACGCAGAUUCUUACCCAGCUCCAUGACAUCAUCAUAGAGGAGAGCCUAAAUGACAAACAGAAAUCUGUUAUCACAGAGAAGAUGGCAGUGGUUGAUAAGUGUUUGGCAGAUGGAGCUGAUGAAUACCUGCAGCUGUUGGGCCUUUUUUCAGUCAUAAUGCAGCAGGCCACGCAGAGCAGCUGAGUUCAGUAUGGACUGUAAUAGAGACUCAUUUUGACACACAUUUUGACCUUUUGACUUUUUUUUGUUUGUUUUGUACUUAGAAAAAAUAUGUAAUUAAACUUUCUUACCUUUCUCACAA